UAGCUGAAGCGAUGGCUGUGACCGUCCCACGGCUGGUUUUUUGUAAUGUGGAUAGGUUUUAAAUCGACUUUUUCAUGACUAGCGAUAUUUACUCUCGUGCUUUAAGGAAAUGGGAACGCGCCAAAGCAUCUAAUCCGGAGUAAACGUCAGCUUUUAGCCAGUGUUAGCCACCAAACAACAACAGGAAGUAAAGAAGCUAAGUCAACCCAAGUGGUUUUGUACUUUGAACUCUUCAGGUAUGAAUUGUAGUUUAGAGAAGGUCUUGGCAGAUGCCAAAUCAUUAGUGGAAAGGCUUCGUAACCACGACAAUGCCGCUGAGAUGCUAAUUGAACAGACAACAUCUCUCAACAAGAGAGUGGAGGCUAUAAAAACGUACCAGGAAGAGAUUGAUGCACUGAACCAGGUUGCGCGACAUCGGCCUCGUUCCAGUCUGGUUCUGGGAAUCCAACAAGAGAACCGUCAGAUCAGAGAACUCCAGCAGGAAAACAAAGAGCUCCGAACAUCUUUGGAGGAACACCAGUCUGCGAUAGAGCUCAUCAUGACUAAAUACAGGGAGCAGGUGUUCAGGCUCCUAAUGGCGAGCAAGAGGGAUGACCCCGCCAUCGUCACUCAGCUGAAGGAGCAGCACACCACGGAAAUGCAAGCGCACAUAGACAAAAUCAACGAGAUGGCAUCUGUGAUGAGGAAAGCUAUAAAGGUGGAUGAGGACCGAAUAUGUGAAGACGAGGAGAGGAUUAAACAGUUAGAGAAUGAGUGGGAGAACUGUUCAAGUUACAAUAAAUCUGCAAUCUGUGAACAGUGUGAGUUCAUUCAUACCGAUUUAGUUUCACUUUCAGGUCAUCACACAUAUUUCAGGUUCUGUUUUGUGGGCUGUUUAUCCACGCAACUUCUCACUUUCACUGCUCAUUUAUGGUUGCAUAAUGUCAACAGCCUCAGAAAUAAGAGAAAUGUAACUGAAUUCAACACACGUGUCUGUAUCUAGUAGAAGCUUUCAGGAUUUUGAAAUUGUAUAAAACUGACCACACUACAAGCAUAUUUAUAGUCACAAAAGUGUCACUUAAAUUGUUUUAUACGGAAACAAGACAUAUUGGAAAAUAGAAUCAAACAAUGAGUGUAUGUCAGGUUAUUGAAUAUAUUUUGUUGCUGAAUUAGAUUUUUUUUCGACGACUAUUUACUUAAAUAGUGACUAAGCAUUCAAAUUAUGGUUUUCCAGUUCCUCAUUUUAUAUUAACUGGGUGGGAUAAACAUCAGCUUAAAUUUGGUAUAUCUCUGCCUAUCUAGCGUCUAAAAAGCAGAACUGUUGCUGCUUUCUUUUGAUCUGGAAACAUCCGUUUGAAGACACUUCCUGUGGUGUUAAGAAACCCUCAUUCCACUCUUCACAUCUACCAUAAAAACGCCGUUUCUGCUGGUUUAUUCAGCAUAUUUUAAUCUGGAGCGCUGAUUAAAACAGCAAACAAAAAAUUCUAAAAAAAAAUUUUUUUAAAUUUAGUGAAGAAUUGAAACACUUGCAUCCCAUUAUUAUUACACUUAAAAUAAUUUUGUAUUUAGUGUAUUUGAACCUGACCCAUGUUAGCCAGAAUGAAAACCAAGUUAUGGUCGGGCUCUACUCACGCAGGUUUGGAUCCCGGCCAGGGCACUUGUCUUUUAUAUCUUUGCAAAGUGUUUUUCCCUGUUUUUAUCUCAAUUUAAAUAUGUUUUCUCACUUUUUAUUCUAACAGUUUAGGUCCAUGUGUAAUGACUGAAAAUUAUGCUAUAGUCAGCCAGUUACAGCAGGGCUCCCCACAAUUUUGUCUUUGCUGAGGUUGUGAGGUUAGCAAGAUUUUAUUGGUAAAAAUUACAAUUAUAAAAUCCUAAUAACUCUACAGUAUAAUCAGAACUCCAUAUAAAAGUUAUAACUCUGUAAAGUUAGUAAAUGAUCACAUCUAUUGUGUUUAUGUCACGUUCUGCCCCUGCCUUCCUGACUGUGUCUCUCUCCUGCCCUGAUUAGCCCUUAUUGUUCUCACCUGCCCCUCGUUAACCUGUCCAUGUGUUCCUGAUUUCCCUGUAUAUUUAUACCUCCCUCCUUGUGCCAGUCUUUGUCAGAUCAUUGUUGUUGUUAGUCAUCGUUGUUUUGUUCCUGUCGUUCCCAUUCUUCCAUUAAAACCAUUUUUAAUUUUCA